AAAUUGAAAUGACCCACCCUCAACUAUCUCUUAAUCUUUCUUCUUCUCCUUCUUCAUCUUGUUGUUCUUGAUCAAGAACAUUCAUGGCAGAAACAAUUAUUCUCAACAUAGCAAGUAAAGUUCUGGGGAGCUUAGGCUCACUUGCUAUCAAUGAAGUUGGAUUGGGAUGGGGUCUUGAUGAGGAGCUCAAAACACUGGAGGGCACCUUGUCCACCAUCAAAGAGGCUCUUUCAUAUGCUGAGGAGAAGCAGGGGAAAAACCAUGUGGUGAAAAUAUGGUAUGAGAGACUCCAAGCUACUUUCUAUGAAGCAGAUAACCUGCUUGACGAAUUCCAAUACGAAGCUUUGCGACGUCAAGUACAGUCAAUGAAAUCAAAUCAUCAUCAUCAUCAUCAUAGCAGGAGCAGGAGCAGCAUUCGAAUACAGAAGCUGGUAGGUAAAUUCUUUUCAUGUUGUUCACACUCGAAUGAUUUCCGAUUCAAAUUUGAAAUGGGUAAUAGAAUUGGAAAGAUCAAAAAGAGAUUAGACAUGAUUGGGGAAGAUAGAAAUAGAUUUUAUCCCAUCGGCACAACAACAGAAAGUAAACAGACUCAUCAUAAUAGCGCAGGCAGCACAUCAGUCUCCUCCGACGUAAAUGAGUCGGAAUUUUUUGGAAGGGCAAAUGAUAGACUAAGGAUAUUACUACUAUUAAUGACCCCACAUGCUGAUUAUGAUUACAUAUCUGUCAUCCCCAUUGUUGGCAUUGCAGGGGUUGGCAAGACCGCUUUCGUUAAAAUCAUGUACAAUGAUGAAAGGGUAGUCGAGCAUUUUGGGAUGAGGAUUUGGGUGAAAGUAGCACAAGAUUUUAAUGUUAAACGCGUGGUGCAAAAAAUUAUUCAAUGCAUCACUGAUUCUCCUUCUGUUGACUUCAGUCCAAAACAGACCAAGGCAAUCCUUGCAGAAAAAUUACAGGGUAGGAGAUUUCUACUCGUCUUGGAUGAUGUUUGUAAUUGUGAUAACCGAGAUUGGGUAAAGUUGUUAAAUUUUUUAAGACAUGGUAACAAAGGAAGUAAGAUAAUAGUGACUACACGUUACAAGUCAGUCGCUUCAACCGUGGGCACAGUCCCCAUGCACAAUUUAACGGGUCUUCCUGACGAUGAUUGCCGUAAAUUGCUGUGGAGUUGGGCAUUUCGUAAAAACGAUGGGGAACAACAUCGAAACUUCUCAGAAAUUGGGAAGGAAAUUUUGGAAAAGUGCCAUGGAUAUCCUCGUGCAAUAAAGACUUUAGGCAACUUACUGUUUAUGAAGAACGAUGAAAAUGAAUGGUUGUAUUUAAAAGGCAAAGAACUAUGGGAAUUGGAGCAGAACAACAAACACGACAUUUUGCCCAUGUUACGAUUGAAGUACAACCCGUUACCUACUGACUUGAAACGUUGUUUCGUAUAUUGUUCGAUUUUUCCAAAAAACUAUGAAAUCGAAAUUGAUAAAUUGAUUCAGUUGUGGAUGGCGCAGGGGCUCAUUCAAUCAUCUGGUUUAAAUCAUAAAUUGGAAGAUAUUGGAGCUGAUUAUUUGAAUCAAUUAUGUUCCAUAUUUUUCUUUGAAAAGAUUGAACAACAUGGCAAUUUAUCAAACACGUGUAGAAUGCCUGAGAUCAUUCAUGAUCUUGCAGUAUAUAUGGCGAAUGAAGAGUCCAUAAGUACAAAUUAUCGUUUUGGACGAAUUUCUAAGUCGGUUAGCCAUGUACCAUUUCAUGAUUCCGAUUGUUCAGGGGAAAAAGAGCUCACAAAGUCAUUGUUUGAACUAGAGAAAAUGCGGACUGUUCUCUUUCCAUUUCAUGCAGUGGGAGCCAGUGACGAAGGCUUUGUUGAUGAAUUCAUCUCAAGGUUCAAGUAUCUGCGCGUGUUUGAUUUGAGUAACUCAUCUUUUCGAAAGUUGUCUCAUUCUAUUGGGAAUUUGAAGCAUUUGAGAUUUUUAGACUUCAGUGGGAAUGCAAAUAUUGAGACUCUCCCUAAUGCCAUUUGCAAACUGUACAAUUUGCAAACUUUGAGAAUCGAGUACUGUGUGAAAAUUCGAGAGUUGCCUAAGAACAUAGGAAACUUGAUCAGUCUCAGGAAUUUGAACUUAACCACACAACAGAGUUGUUUGCCAGAUAGACAGAUUCGACGCUUGACCUCCCUUCAAUCCUUUCGAAUUAUAGGAUGUGGAAACCUAACAUCUUUGCCUGAAGGGAUGCAACAUCUCACUGCGCUCACAACAGUGACCAUCGCAGCGUGUCCCAAAUUGGCCUCUCUACCAAGUACCAUGAAGAACCUAGCCAACUUGAGGAAUCUUGAGAUUAGUAAUUGUCCGAAUCUUAACCUGGCAGGGUGGGAGGAGUUUAGAGGCCUUAGGAUGCUUCAAUAAAUUGAAGGCUACAAGAUUAUAUGAGUUUGUGGCUGUCCCAAUGCAUGUACUGGAAAUUUCAUAUCAGUAAGAGAACCAACCGAUGAAGCAUGAAGUGACAGGUGUUCUAUGGAAAACCAACCGAUGAAUGGAUUGUAUCUGAAAGGGAGGAGGAAGGAGUUGUUAUCUCCAUCAGAAGCACUUGACCUUAGCUGCCUCCAGGAUUCUUCUAUUAAUGUUGUUUUGUUGGGUGUGAACUUAGCUGCAUUUAGGAUUCUGCUACUAAUGUUGUUUUGUUGGGUAUGUUGUCUAUGUAGUGUUCUUGUGAAAUACUUUUCUAAACAUUGUGUUUCUCAUUAUUGUUGUUAUAGAACUACUGCUUUUUAGUAAAA